AUGUUGUUCACUCAAGCUGUCAUUGCGGCUCUUGUCACCGGCGUCUGGGGCCACGGCGUCGUCCAGACCCCGGAGCCUCGCACGACCGGAACGAAGCAGGAGGAGCUCUGCGGUACUGCGGUCACCAACAAGCUCGACAGCGAUCUUGCCGGACCUAUCGAGAACGCCAUGGCAGUUGCCGACGCCGACUACAAGUGCAAUGCCUUCAUGUGCCGUGGAUACCAAUGGGAGGAUAACGUGGACCUCCUCAUGAACGUCACUGCUGGACAGGUCAUUCCCUUCCACAUCGACCUUGUCGCCGGCCACAGACCAGGCCACGCCAACAUCUCCGUCAUUGACCUCGCGACGAACACCGCCAUCGGCGAGCCUCUUAUCACCUGGGACGACUGGCCGACCGAGAACCCCGACCCCCUUGCUGACACCGAUUUCAACGUCACCAUCCCCGAUACCCUGGCCGACUCCUGCAACGUUGGUGGCAAGUGCGCUAUCCAGUGGUUCUGGUACGCCGAGACCAACAAGCAGACCUACGAAAGCUGCAUCGACAUCGCCAUCGUGGCGUAA